GAUCGCUCCGACAAACGAACCUCCAACGGAUCGGCGAUUCACUUAGAAAUCUAACGGUCCAUCUCGCUUUCUUUCUCUCUCUCGCUCGUUUCUCUCCCAUUCUCUCUGCUCAGAGCUUUUUCCCUCUCUCUCUCUAUCUUUCAUCAACAAUAUCGCAGAAAUCGAGAAAUCCGAAUGAAAGAGACCUGAUACGACAAAGAAUUCAUUUAAUUUAGGGUUUCCAAAUCUCUCUUAUUCUCUUCCCCUCCAAAUUCUGUUUCCCUCCAAGAAAGCUUUCCCCUAUUUGUUGUUCCUCUCUGUUCUUAAUUUUUUUUUUCGGGUUAUAAGCUUGAUUUUUUGAUUUGAAGAAGUGGGGGAAGGUUUUCUUAAUCUGAGUUUCUUCAGAUUUUGUUUGGGGGAAUUGGAAUUUUCGCGGGAAAAUACCAACAGUUUGUGAUUCUCAAUUCUUUCCACGCCUUCUCGGGUCGUUUUAGCUCCUUCAAGGUAGUUCUGUUCCCUGUGUUUCUGAUCUCGGAGGAAGAAGACCUGAUUUUAGGAGGGGAGAGAAUUAAAUACAGAAAUCCAUAAUUCAAGAGAGUGGAUUUGUGAAUUUCAUUCCCGGGUUCUGUUAUCUUGUUUGGAUUUAUCCUUAGUUGUAGAAUCACAUUGUGUUGCAUUUCAUAUACAAUUUGAUUAGAGUUUGAAUGCACAUUGGUUUAUGGAUUUCAAGGCACCUCCAUCUUCAUUGGAAAUUGUAAAAAGCAGUAAUUGCCCCUGCAGUUGUUCAUUGUCCACUGGGCCAUCCACUACUUGGAUUCGAUCUGUUAAAAGGAAGUAUGAAGAAUCGGAUUCUUUUGGCCCACUUGCUAUUGUUGGGUUGGAUAAUUUUUCUGUCAUACGGGUACAUAUUGAGAAUGAAUGCAAUGCUUUGCGGGAGAUGGCUAAUAAUCAAAAACAAACAAUUCAGGAUUUGUAUAUUGAACUCGAAGAGGAGAGGAAUGCUUCUUCCUCAGCUGCUAAUGAGGCAAUGUCAAUGAUAUUGAGAUUGCAAAGGGAGAAGGCAGAGAUCCAGAUGGAGGCUCGACAAUUCAAACGCUUCGCCGAAGAGAAGAUGGCACAUGAUCUACAGGAGCUUGCAGCAGUUGAGGACUUGUUAUAUAAAAGAGAGCAAGUUAUUCAAUCCCUCACUUGUGAGGUACAAGCAUAUAAACAUAGAAUGAUGAGCUAUGGGCUAACGGAAGCCGAGGCUGAUGGCGAGAGGGUUCAGCAGAAUAGUAGCCAGAAUACGGUGGAAUACGAGGCACAAUGCGAAUCUCCGAUGUAUGAUUACCCUCCCUUACGAUGCAGCUUAAACGAGGCUCAAGGUCCUUUUGAUCAUGAUAAUGAUAUUGCUGAUAUUGAGAAAUAUGCGUUUGGUGAGACCCCGCGUACUCGAGAUCACGUCAUGGAUUUGGAAAAUAGGAUCAGCCAAUUGGAGAGAAGUUCUAGCUACAAUCACCUAGAUCCUGACUUCUCUUGUACUAAUAACGUUUUGGAGAAGGUAAUAGUGGGACAAUCUCCAAGGAGGCCAAGACAUUUGAAGAAGUUUUCCACUGAUUCUAGUUUCUCCAUGGGUAUGCCCCAAGUGAAUGAUUCUCCAAGAUAUACAUCAUCAAGCUUCAAGAAGGAAUAUGUCUCACAGAGUGAGGACUUCUCUAAUUUGAGAAAAAUGGAUAAUGCAUCAGAACUUGGAGAUGACAUGAGUGAUAGAGUUUAUACCAUUGACUCUAUACACAAUGGAGCUACAUAUAAUGGUUUUCACGAGCCCAAACCAUCGGUUGGCAUUUACGAUGACUAUAUAACCACGCCGAGAGGGUCGCUAAAUCAGGUAGAUUUUGGAGACCCUGAAAUCAGAAAACUUUAUUUGAGGCUUCAGGUUCUUGAAGCAGACAGAGAAUCAAUGAAACAAGCAAUUAUUUCAAUGCGAACUGAUAAGGCCCAAAUGGUGUUACUGAAAGAAAUAGCUCAACAUCUAUUCAAGGAGAUGUCACCAGAUAAGCAAGUAGUUGUGAAGAAGCCAUCCGUUGUGUCGAGCUUUUCUUUCAUGGCGGUUUGUAAGUGUAUCGUAUCCUUCGUUUUAUGGAAAAGAAAAGCUCGUCGAAGCAAGUACUUGUUUGGGUUGUCAAACAGUGCUGGCUUGCUAUUGCUUCUCGAACAGGGUCCGGACACGAGACAGUGGAGAUGUCUUGCAAGCACACAAGUUUAGUACCGCUCCACCUGAUGUUCAUAUCCAAUCAAACCCGACGUCCGGAAUAUGUGUGUAUGUCCAGUGAAUACGAUUUCUCUUUUGGCUUCUCUUUUUUUGGAUUCAUUGUGUAGUGGCAGAAAGGGGUAGCGUGCGAGUCAUUCGUUUAUUUGAUUGUUCUAGGAUUGAUUAUACUUGACUGGUUGAUCCGUAGAACACAGAUAUGAUAUAUAUAGGAAUGCUUUACUCGUAUUGUUUCGACGAACUCUGCUCGAGGAACGUAACGUCUGAUAGCCCUCUCCUGUAUAUUUCAGAUUGAAGAAUGAUUUAUAGCCAGUCGAAUGCACAAUGGCUGCCUUUGCUUUAACAUCAAA